AGCAAAGUACCCACAUUUGUUCGAAUGCUGGCCCCAGAAGGCGCCCUGAAUAUACACGAGAAAGCCUGGAAUGCCUACCCUUACUGCAGAACCGUUAUUACAAAUGAGUACAUGAAAGAAGACUUUCUGAUUAAAAUUGAAACCUGGCAUAAGCCAGACCUUGGCACGCAGGAGAACGUGCAUAAACUGGAGCCUGAGGCAUGGAAACAUGUGGAAGCUAUAUAUAUAGACAUUGCUGAUCGAAGCCAAGUACUUAGCAAGGAUUACAAGGCAGAGGAAGACCCAGCAAAAUUUAAGUCUAUCAAAACAGGACGAGGACCAUUGGGCCCAAAUUGGAAGCAAGAACUUGUCAAUCAGAAAGACUGCCCAUAUAUGUGUGCAUACAAACUGGUUACUGUCAAGUUCAAGUGGUGGGGCUUGCAGAACAAAGUGGAAAACUUUAUACAUAAGCAAGAGAAGCGUCUGUUUACAAACUUUCACAGGCAGCUGUUCUGUUGGCUCGAUAAAUGGGUUGAUCUGACUAUGGAUGACAUUCGGAGGAUGGAAGAAGAGACGAAGAGACAGCUGGAUGAGAUGAGACAAAAGGACCCAGUGAAAGGAAUGACAGCGGAUGACUAGCGCUACCGCCCUUUCUGCACUUUUUGCAAGACAGUGGUCAACAGGAAGGCCCAGCAGCUCCACCCUCCUGAGUGGCAGGCCAUCUUCGGACGCAGCCUUUCUGUGCUCAUUCUUCAGGCAACUUUCAAUCCCUUACUAUAGCUAUUUCUAGAUGCCCUUUAACAUUGUGAACAAAUAGACCGUCUGGUAUUAUAAAGCCUGUGUGUGCGGGAGCCUGAUCCUCUAAGAUAUAUGGUGUACGCUGCUGUAUUUACAGCUCAUCCUCUCUCCAUUGUGCUAUGACCCAUUUCUGUAUGCCCUCCCCCUUUAUUUCCAAGUGAUGUUCUCAGUCUUUCAAAUGAGCUUCCCUUUGUGAUGUGAUUAUUUAAGCUCACUUAUUUCAGCCUUGGGAUAAACUGAGCUAUUUUGCUUCCUGGGCAGAUCUUUGGCAAUGUUGAAUAUUCACUUGGGAAGAGAGGAGGAGUUAAAAUUACAGAGACACCUACCCCCAGCUCCUCACAAUAGGAAUGUGGCUUCAGAACCCUGACCUCUGCUCCUAGUAACCUCUUGUUUGCGUGCUCUAAGCACCAAGAAGGCACCCAAGGCCCAGCCAGUCUCAGAAAAUUUAGCAAAUAAUAAAUAACCCCUACUCAAGU